AUGAUCAUCGAGACCAACUGUUCUAUCAUAGCCGCCUGUCUCCCAUGCUACGGCGCCCUCCUCCGCGGGGGACAAUCACUCGCGUCGAUUGUCCGAUCCUUCCUUGUCAUCCAUGGCCGGGCCAGCUCUCGGUCCGGUUCCAGCUUUUCUAGCCUUCAUAGCGGCAAGCACUACCCAAUCCACGGAGUCAGGGAUUUGGACACCGAUACUGGCUCUCAGGUCGAACUCACGGGGCCCGCGGAUCGUUGGUCACGAACGACGACACAGGUCACAAUCAAGGUCAGCGGUAACGCGCACCAACACGAUGAGUGUCGCUCACCGGGGAUUGUGGUUCAUACCGAGUUGGAUAUAUCCACCAAAGGGGCUGAUCCUCGUGUUGCGCCCACCAAUGACGAGGCACGUGUCCCACCUUUUCUCCUCUUCGUCGUCAGUCGGAUUCUCCACUUGCAGUCAAUCCAACAACAACACAAACACUCUGUCCCUUUACCUUUACUCCAGUCAAAACUCGCGGGGAGACUGUCUCUCCUAUUCCUCACCUGUACAACUCACCCUCAUUUUCAUACCCAUAUACUUCCUCCCUUUUUCCUCCUUCUUCCCGAUUUCCUUCCCCACUCCCCCCCUGUUACUUCCUUCUCCAUGCCCCUCUUUAAAAAAAAGCCCAAGACUCCUCCCACGACCAACUCUGCUGCAUUCCGAUCAGUCGAGCAUCUCCCAUCUUCGGUCGCAUUCCCUGGCGAUCUUGACCGACGCUUUUCCGUCUCCACCAACGAACCGGUGCCGCCACUUCCACCUCAACAUCCUGCGCAUUCCAACGUGGUUCAUCGCUCGCAGAGUCACCGCCGUCCGAACACCUUGAACAACUAUUCGGUAGUCCCGCCCGCCGUUGCUGCGCCUCCGCGCAUUGUCGAUGCUGACCCUUCCGACCAGUCGUGGCAACACCCACCUCCAGCUGAGAGACCCGAGGAGCACGAAAACCCGCGACGGUCCAGAAGAAACCUCUUCUCCCUACAUUCGCACUCGUCUUCCUCCCAAGCCCCUAGGGAGUCGACAGGGUUCUUGGAACGUCGUCGUUCCGUAAGGAAAACUUCUCCGGCCCCGCAACAACAGGAGCAACGGCCCUUGUCGGUGGAUACGGCUGCCGACCCCCACUCGCCGUCAAAAUCGAGGGAGUAUGUGGUAGACACAACCCAAGACCCUUCCAAGUCUCCCGUAUUGCAGGACCAAGGAAUUCCACACGAGCCCCGACCUCCUCGCUCGCCGCAGAACCCCUCUAUAACCCGAUCGAACACCGAUUCAACGCUUCUCGAGCAUAUCUACCGCCCGUCCCCUGUGGAGCCCAAGCAUCCGGACGAAUUAGAUCCCGGUCCGGUCCAACAGCAACAACCACAACAGAAUCAAUUGGGCCUUCCUCGCCCUUCAUCGCGACAGUCCCUAGAACCUCCCUCGCCGCUACCACAGCCGCCCGCUUACUCCGACCAUUCUGCCUCCCAGGCUGCCAUGUCCGAUCGUCCGCCCAGUGGCCAGCGCGCCCCAACGGCGACCCCCCCACCAGGUGGCCAUUCGUCAUACCCACAGGGUAAUAAUAACCAGGACGUCACACCGCGCAACAACGCAGCCCAACAGCCGGAACCAGGCCGUAGCACGCCCUCGUCCACACGCAUGCGCGACGAAGGAGAGAUUGAUGUGCGUACUUUGGUGCAGAAGCAUGACGAACUUCAGGCGAAGUACUCCAAAGUCAAAAGGUAUUAUUUCGAGAAGGAGGCUCAGGUGCAGCAGCUACAGAAUACCGUCGCCCAUCAGCGCAUGGCCGUGUCGCGUACAGUGCUGGACGACAACGAGUAUGCUAACCGAUUCGGUCGUCUGGACGGCGCCAUUAAGGAUUUGGCGUUUGCGUUCCGAAAAGACUGGAAAAGCCUUCCCAAGUGGCUGAUGGGUUACGUGAACGACGAUGCACACAUCACUGGCACGAAAGAGAUGACUGCGAUUGGCCGCGCAGUAAUUAGUCGGUGGCUUGUGGACGAGUUGUUUGAGCGCUUCUUUCACCCGGCACUGGAUCCCACCUUCAGUCGACAGUUGAAGAGCAUUGAGAUGAACCUGCGCCGGCAGCAGGCCAAUACUCUCACCGACGAGGAUAAAGAAAAUGCGAUCGCACGCAUUUCCAAUUGGCGACGCACCACCUUGGAUGGUCUCACAGAUGCAUUACAUGGACCAGCUGCCGAAGAACACCGGUGUCAGCUAAUUGACCAUCUGGUGGAUAGUCUGGUUGCCAACCUCGUGUCAUAUUUGGGUGAUCCUCCGCCGCCCGGGCUGGACAAUGGCGCACGCAUGAUUGUGGAGAAUGCUGUAGGUAUUGCGGACAAGGUUCCCUUGGAGUCGCGCGACGUUUGUAUCGAGUACAUCCAUCCUGGCACUCUCCUACACGAGCCGAACAUGAAAGUCGAGGCGGGUCUUCCACCACUCACGAACGAACAACUUGAAGGGCCGCCAGAUGAGGCUGACAGAGAGUCAUCCGGCUCAACGAGCCAGGAGGGUGCGCCGGGAGGACCGCAUCCCGGCCGUGAACCGCGCAUGCGGUCCGUAAUCAGCAAGGUGAUGGGACGGAGACCCAACCAAGGCGCGGCUCCGAACCCCGGUGGCAAUGGGGACAUGCGCCCUCCCACGGCUAUGGAAGAGCGGAACAGCAUGGGAGCGGGGCGGAUCCGGUUUGCAUCCUUCAUUACCGCGGAAGUCAGGGGGCGAGGUCCGAUGAAUGUGUUGGUCAAGGCGCCUGUAUAUUUGAUGGACUAA